GACGGGGCCGAGUGCUGGGAGCCGGGAGGCUGCAGCGGCCAGGGGCUCUCAAAAAGGCGGGGGAGCGUGGGGAGGCAGGCUGCCCCUGCCUGCUGCGGCCUACGUCGAGCACAGGACCACCCACGCCGAAGUUCUUGAAUCUUCCGGGCUAGGGUCCCGAACCCCGAUGAUUCCAGGAAUCACCCCGAAGCCGGCGGCGCCUCAGCCUCGGCACAUGUUCGUGUUCGGAGCGGGCUUCGUCGGCCGCUACGUUUCGGAGCGCCUCCUCGCGCAGGGCUGGCAGGUCUCCGGGACGUGCACAAGUCCAGCCAAGAAGAGGGAGCUCGAGAUGCUGGGCAUGAAUGCUUCUGUCUUCGAUGCCAUUGAGAGCAAUUUCAGCCUGGAAAAUGUCCACAGUUUGCAACAAGCAACUCACUUGCUCAUCUCCAUCCCACCCAUCCCCGGAAUCGGUGAUCCUCUACUUAAUUUAAAUGAAGAUCUUAGGAGAAUACUCAGCCAUGGUAAUCUUGAAUGGUUAUGCUACCUUUCAACAACAAGUGUAUAUGGUGAUUGUGGUGGUGCAUUGGUUGAUGAGGAUCACAUGGUAAAUCCGAAGAGCGAGUCUGCCAAGUUAAGAUAUAAAGCAGAAAAAGGAUGGCUCAAUCUUGUAGAUGAUCUAAAUCUGUCAGCUUUUAUAUUUCGUUUAGGCGGAAUAUAUGGACCUGGAAGAAGUGCUUUGGACACCUUAGCUAAGAGCAAAUCUUUAUCACAAAGACAGAAAUUGAGAGAAUCUAAGCAGUACACUGCACGAAUCCAUGUGGCUGACAUCUACCAGGCUGUCUUGGCCAGCAUGAGCAUGAGAUGUGCAAGGAAAAUAUUCAACGUGGUGGAUGAUGACCCUGCCCCUAGAGCUGAAGUAUUUGCAUUUGCCAGGAGCUUGAUAGAGAUGAGAUACCCUGAUCUGAUAGCUGAAUCUCCUGAUGUUGGUUCUACAGAAUCAGGUUUCCAAGAGUUGCCUGCUGAGAAAAGGGUCUCUAAUGCUCGGCUUAAGAAAGAACUUGGUGUUAAGCUGCUUCACCCAACUUACAGAUCUGGUCUGCAGAGUAUCCUUGAUUCUUGGCAGGCUGAAUCUUAACUUCCUGGUACAAAUCUGUAAUGUUAAGUUUUGGUAUGCAUACAGGUACUAAGUUUUUCCUUUUUGUAUGUGCGUGUAUCUUUCCUGGAUUUGGUUUAGAUGACUUAAUGGAGAGCUAGCUGCGGCCACACUCUGCAGAA